AUGCUACUUGCGGGCCUGAAUCCCACUUCAACCUUCUGUUCUGUGGAGGGGCACCUUCAAGUGGCUCCGCGGUGCACCGGUAGCGGCUUCCUGAUCUACUGAGAACACGCCAGAAGAACAUUUCAUACAGGCAUAAUGUCGUUCCUGACUGUCAGCAGGCUAGCGCCUAAACUCCUCAAUUCAAAGAAUGCCACCUACUUGAUUACAGCUGCCAGAAACGCCAGCGCCUCUACAACAAAUCUGAAGGAUGUUUUGUCAGACCUCAUUCCUAAAGAACAGAGCAGGAUCAAAAACUUUAAGCAGCAGUAUGGAAAAACCAACAUAGGGCAGAUUACUGUGGACAUGGUGUAUGGAGGUAUGAGGGGGAUGAAGGGUCUAGUUUAUGAGACCUCCGUGCUGGAUCCUGAUGAGGGCAUCCGCUUCCGAGGCUACAGCAUCCCUGAGUGUCAGAAGUUGCUGCCUAAAGCUGAAGGAGGUGAGGAGCCGCUGCCUGAGAGCCUCUACUGGCUGCUGGUCACAGGACAGGUGCCCACUGAGGAGCAGGUGAGCUGGGUGUCGAAAGAGUGGGCAAAGAGAGCGGCGCUCCCCUCACACGUCGUCACCAUGUUGGACAACUUCCCCACAAAUCUACACCCCAUGUCUCAGUUUAGCGCCGCUAUUACGGCCCUUAACAGCGAGAGCAGCUUCGCACGCGCCUACUCUGAGGGUGUGCACAAGUCCAAGUACUGGGAGUAUGCCUAUGAAGACUCCAUGGACCUGAUCGCCAAGCUGCCGUGCAUCGCAGCCAAGAUCUACCGCAACUUGUACCGUGAAGGCAGCAGCAUCGGAGCCAUCGACUCUAAUUUGGACUGGUCUCACAAUUUUACCAACAUGCUGGGCUACAGCGACACCCAGUUUACUGAGCUCAUGAGACUCUACCUCACUAUCCACAGUGACCAUGAAGGAGGCAACGUCAGUGCCCACACCAGCCACUUGGUUGCCAGUGCCCUGUCUGACCCUUACUUGUCCUUCAGUGCAGCUAUGAACGGCUUAGCUGGUCCUCUUCAUGGCCUGGCAAACCAGGAGGUGCUGGUAUGGCUGACGGCACUGCAGAAGGAGCUGGGAGGGGAGGUGUCAGAUGAGAAGAUGAGGGAUUACAUCUGGAACACGCUCAAGUCCGGAAGGGUGGUGCCAGGCUACGGUCACGCCGUCCUGAGAAAGACGGACCCGCGUUACUCCUGCCAGCGUGAGUUUGCCCUCAAGCACCUGCCCAACGACCCCAUGUUCAAGAUGGUGGCUCAGCUCUACAAGAUUGUCCCUGAUGUGCUGCUGGAGCAGGGCAAGGCCAAGAACCCUUGGCCCAACGUGGACGCCCACAGCGGCGUUCUACUGCAGUACUACGGAAUGACUGAGAUGAACUACUAUACAGUGCUGUUCGGCGUGUCUCGGGCUCUCGGCGUGCUGGCCCAGCUGGUGUGGAGUCGAGCCCUGGGAUUCCCCCUGGAGCGCCCCAAGUCCAUGAGCACAAAUGGACUCAUGUCUCUGGUGGGCGCCAAGUCGGGUUGAUCCUUGACCACGAAAGGAGGGUUAGUGGUGGGAGGAGGAGGCAGUAUGGCAGAUUGGGCUGAGUUGACCACCCCCCUGACCCUGUCCACACCCGGAGUUCCACAGGAUUUAAAAAGACAAUACGCUUUUAAUGUCAUUACACCCAAAAAGACCCUCCUCACCACUGCAACUUGUCCUGUUAUCUCUUCCGGACGUGAAAGUUCCAAACACGUACACAUAGACUCCCACCCACUUUUUUUUCUUUUUUUUUUUGUUAAGAUAGCCUCGCAAGUCUUCGCUAUGGAUUGAGCGUGAAACUCAAAGGGAAUUGUGGGAGUGAAUUACACUUCCUUUGUAUUUGUUUCAGCGACUGAAGCCACGUCCCCCAGCAAUCAAUUGACAUGUUGCUUUGGUUUCUUCUAUGCAUUUCCCCCCUGCCCUUAUCCUGUCGUUGGCAACGUUUCACUCCCAUUUAUGAGCACUCCAGUUUUUACCAUUAUCACCAUGAUCAAGCUGUUCAAAAAACUAAAAAAAUAAAUAAUAAAAUAAAAUAAAAAUGGAAAAAGAGAGAGAGGAAAAAAAAAGAUAUUGCCGCUUUUGAUCUUAAGCUGUCGUCGUCUUGUUUUAGUGCUGGCCUUUUUUUCCUUCCCUCUGUGAUCAAAAUAACUGUCCCAUCUUCGUUUAUCCCUUGCACUACUUUAACUGCCUGACUGACACGAUGGGCAGGUAGGCGGCUUCUAGUGAUCCCUAAGAGCAAACUUGAAUCCAAAGUGGACUUGGUCCUUGUAAUUCCUUACAUCCGUUCAUGUUUGUUGUUUUGUGUCCACACGAAAGCGCUUUCUCAACAUCGACUGCUCCAAAAUGUGUAGACCUCAACCUGCCACUGCUCCCUUGCUUGAUUGUGUUCCUUCUUCCUGAGCUUAGUGGUGUUGAAUAUGUAUUGAACUAUCAUGGUUUGGUCAUGUUGUGGUUUUAUUUAUACUUUGUGUACAUAGGUUAUAUAUAUGUAUAAGUUCUGCUCGUAAGAACCACACAGAGUACCAACUGUGUCGUAGUUCAGUCUCUCGGAUAGAAACUGCAGCCAUCUUGUACAUAUGUUUUUUUUUGGGGGGGGGGGGCUUCAUUUUUUCCAUAUGUUUUCAAGCUUGCUCUUAAGAUCUGCCACCACAGGCCAGCCGCCUGUGACUUUGUGUCAACACUCCAUUUUAGCUUUUCAACAUCCCCCUCUCCUCUUUCCUCCCUGUCUAUUGUCUUGCUGCAUUUAUUUUGAUCUUGGAGGAACAAAAAGGUCGUGAAUGAUAAGUGAGAAUGAAAUGUAAGGUAUGUUCAUCAGACAUGGUUCAGGGGGUCGGACAGGGCAAGAAAUACUGGAAAACCUAACCCAAAAAAAAUGUAAAAAUAAAGGUUUUUAUUAACACUG